UCCUCUACACGUUGUCUAUAUCAUUGGCAGAACCUGUGAUUGGAAAGGGAGAUGAGUGACUAUUGGACUUUGUAUGAAAACACCAUCCUGCUGAGAUUGGGGUGGGGGUACAUAAUGUGGCCUUGUCUUUAACUUGGACUAUGACUGACUCCAGGGCCAGGGCAAGGACUAGAGGAGGGACUGGGGCUGACCUGAAAGCUGGAUUCAAGGACCCUGCCAAAGCCAGAGCCAAGGCUAAGUCCCAGGCCAAGGCAUUGGCUGUGGCAGAACCCAAAACAGGAUCAGUGACUCAGGCCAAGACUGGGGAUGGAGCAGUGGCCAAGACACGGACAGUGUCCCAUACUGAUACCUUGGCUGUGACAAGGAAAGUGAGCAAGGUAGAAGCUGUGACUAAGUCCAGAGUCGUGGCUGAGACUAAGUCAAAAACCCUGGCGGAACAUGGUAUAGUGCCCAAAAGUAAGUCAAGGGCCAUGCCUGAGUCCAGUAUCAGUGUGAAGACCAAGUCUGAAAUCAAGGCUAGUGCUAGCAGUGAGGUCAGUAUCAGGUCCUGUGCCAAGGCUGAUGAUAAGUCCAGUAUUGGGCCUAGGCCUCAGACAAGGGAAGAAGCUGGCAUCAAGCCCAGGGCUGGGGCCAGAGCUGGUAUUGGGAUCAAGUCCAGUGAUGAGGAUGAAGAAAAUGUCUGCUCCUGGUUCUGGACUGGAGAAGAGCCUAGUGUAGGGUCAUGGUUCUGGCCUGAAGAAGAGACUGCUCCACAAGUUUGUAAGCUCCCACCUAAGAUCCAGGAAAAGCCCAAGCCCACGUCCAAACCUGAACUUACUAUAAAGCAAAAAGCAGCAGCAUGGUCAAGGGCCAGGUAUAGUGUCCUUGUCCCAGUUGAGGGAGGGGAGCGAUCCUUGCCUCCAGAAGGGAAUUGGACUCUGGUUGAAACCUUGAUUGAAACUCCUCUGGGGAUUCGGCCUCUGACCAAGAUCCCACCCUAUAAUGGGCCUUACUUCCAGACCUUAGCUGACAUAAAAAAACAGGUUAGGUAUAGGGAAAAGUAUGGGCCCAAUCCAAAGGCCUGCCGCUGUAAACUACGUAGCUUUAGUUUAGAGCCUAAAGAGUUUGAUAAACUUGUUGCCCUACUUAAGUUAACUAAGGAUCCUUUCAUUCAUGAAAUAGCUACAAUGAUAAUGGGCAUCAGUCCUGCUUAUCCAUUUACCCAAGAUAUAAUUCAUGAUGUAGGUAUCACUGUUAUGAUUGAAAACUUGAUCAGUAAUCCCAAUGUUAAAGAACACCCCAGAGCAUUAAAUAUGGUGGAUGACAGCUCUGAGUCUUCUGAAGAACUAAAAAGUGGAGAAUCAUACAUAAAUCAAGUUUGUAAGGACAUACUCUCUUAUCCCUUGAACUCUCCUGUGCAACUGGCUGGACUCAAAUUAUUAGGGCACCUGAGUGUGAAAUUUGAGGAUCACCACAUGAUUGCCAGUUACAUUCCAGAUUUCCUUACCUUGUUAAAUAAGGGAAGUGUCAAAACCAAGUUUUAUGUUUUAAAAGUGUUUUUGUGCUUGUCUAAAAAUCAAGCUAAUACAAGAGAACUUAUCAGUGCCGAAGUACUAUCAUCACUGAUUGCACCCUUGAACAAGAAUGAGUCAAAGGCCAAUAUUCUUAAUGUUAUUGCAAUAUUUGAGAAUAUAAAUUUCCAGUUCAAAAAGAAGGUGAAGCUCUUUACCAAGGAACAGUUCACUAAAUCUGAACUUAUUUCCAUAUUCCAGGAAGCAAAAGAGUUUGGUCAGAAACUCCAAGACUUAGCAGAGCACAGUGAUCCUGAGGUGAGAGAUAAAGUUAUAAGAUUAAUACUCAAACUCUGAAUAGCUAUAUGUUCUCACAAAGCUUUGAACAAAUUUUUGGUGUUGCAAUGUGAAACCAAUGCACAUUAUAAUUAUAAAUCCAAUAUUUAUGUUAUCUGUGUUGAUUGAAGGGGCAAUUUUAUGUAUACCAAAUGAUCUUGAGAACUUGGACAUUUGUUGAUUUUUAUUGUGGCAUAAAAUUUGAGAUGUUUUUAGUAUUUCUGCAAUUGGAUCUGAUAAUGAAUCUAUUCAUCAUGAAUAAGCUAUACUUCUGUGCUUUAUGUUGACAUAAGUGUAUUAACUCUUCAUUUAUAUGUUGUUAAUAAAAAUUCUAUGC